CCACAUUUUCAGGGAAGCUUUCGCAGAGCCAACCUACUCAAUCCGCGACUUCGGUUACGUGUUUGUGAUGUGUCACUGGAUAACCAGGAUGGUGCAGAGUCAUGGGAAAUUGUAUAAAAUCAAAGACACAACUCCUAAUUAAAAGUUAUCAACACAGAGAUCGAAGCAUGAGAGCCACCCAAGUUAUGAUUUUACUCUGGACCGUAUUUCAAGCCAUAGUAUCAAGAGGUCAACUGAUCGAUCUGGAGCCGGAGUUCUUAGCACCUCUAGAGAACCACACCGUAACCCAAGGUCGGGAUGUCUUCUUCACAUGUGUCGUGAACCACCUUUCAACCUACAAGGUGGCGUGGAUCAAGUCGGAUACCAAAGCCAUACUGGCCAUCCACACUCAUAUGGUGGCACAGAAUCCAAGAUUAUCUGUUACGCACAAUGGUCAUAAUACGUGGAAACUUCAUGUUUCUAACGUUAAGAAAAACGAUUCUGGGACGUACAUGUGCCAGAUCAAUACUGAUCCUAUGCGGAGUCAGAUGGGCCAUUUGGAAGUUGUUAUUCCGCCUGACAUUUUGAAUGACAAUGAAUCGACCGAAGGUGCAGGUGUCGCUAUUGAGGGUGGUACCAUAAAACUUAGAUGCUCGGCUACUGGAGUACCAGAACCUGCUGUUCUAUGGAGGAGGGAGGACAGCAGAAAUAUUGUAUUGCGCCACGAAAAUGGCAGAGAAAAGCAGCAAAUUCUGCGAUCAUUCGAUGGUGAAGUGCUGACGUUAACAAAUGUACAGCGGACGGAUAUGGGGGCCUAUCUGUGUAUAGCGAGCAAUGGUAUUCCUCCAUCAGUCAGCAAGCGGUUCGCUGUACGGGUUCACUUUCAUCCUAUGAUAAGGGUGUCUAAUCAGCUUGUUGCAGCACCAGUGACUAGCGAUGUGUUAAUUCAAUGUUAUGUGGAAGCCUCUCCCAAAGCAAUGAACCACUGGAUGAGAGACAAUGGAGAAAAGCUACUUCCAAAUGACAAAUAUGAAAUGAGUGAAUCUCCUCUGAAUGAGUACUCGCUUCUGAUGAAUCUGACAAUAAAAUUUCUAGAGAAGAGGGACUUUGGGGGCUAUAUAUGUACCUCAUCUAAUGCUUUAGGGAAAGCUGAUGGUGUGGUCAGGCUGCAAGAGUUACAUUUAGCAGUGAAAACGACCAGCACAACAACCCCCAGAUACGUAGAAACGAAACCGAGGAAGACGCCUCACAAAGAGAAACCGAAAAAGUACAAAGCUCCCAGGCGAAAAGAGUCGGACCAGACUGAGGAACAGCCGGAGUUCACCACCGUUAUGACACCAGAAAUCAGGACAGCAUCCCCUGGCGAUUCCUCACAAACAACAGUGAGCAAAUCUCCAGCAUGGAUACAUUUGCUGAAGAACGGAUCACCCCCAUCGACCAAAUAUUGUUGUACUUUUGUUAUUUUUGUAUUGAUCACAUGUUACAGGUCUAUGUGUAUAUAGGCCAUGAUGAAAUUGAAUUUAAAUUCGAUAUUAUUUGUUGAAUUUGUGUUUGGUAGAGAAAUCGGCAUUAUUCGAAGUCUUCCUUGCAUUCGAAAACCUGGACGACCGGGUUCAUAUCAUCAUGUCUUCCCACCAUCAUAACCGAGAGAGAAAAAGAAUCCAUCAGAAACGACGAUUGAAGAAAAAAUUGUUUCCAUCGGCAGAGUGCAAAGACGUAUACUUUAAUGCGAGUAAAGAGUGUGAAUUAAACAUGAACCAAGAUUUCAAAUUUGAAAGAACAACACUCCUACCAAGUGAUACAGCCAUCUAAUUUAUGCAGACUCACAGGGAUAUCAAGAUAAGAUCAGAGCUGGAAUUUUUAAAUCCCUUCAUUUUCCCCAUCGUUUGAUAGGGAUGAGGAUUUCACUUGAGACCCCCUGUAUAUCUGUUCAAAUUAGAUGUCUCUACCACCGGUUAAACUCCACAACGUUCCAAAUAUUUUUUUUUGGACAUAGCCUGUCGCUCAGAAGGAAAUAUUAAGUUUUUUCACACUUUUGGCUCGCAUCAGAUACAAAGGUUAAUAAUAUUCACAUUUUUGCGAUACAUUUGUGACGUGACAAUACAUAGGUUACUAACUUGAUUGAAAAGUUAUUUAGCAGCAUAUAAAUUUGUGUCAAUUUCACGCUCGAACUUGUAAAAUUAGCAUCACUUCGAGUUUUCAUGUAAUCUGUUUUCCAUAGCCAAAGGUAGUAUAAGAAUUCCUCGAUUUUUCCAUUCCCAGAAAGAUUGAGCGAUAAUAUGAAGGAUUUCCAAGUGGAAAUAUCACUCCAACAAUCAUAUGCUGCUAAAAAUCUACAGCGAAGUUUUCAAAUAUUCAAAGAACAGGCCACACAAAUUGAGAUUCAGAGAUGUAUCACUUUCUGGAAACGUACUCAAAAUAGAUAUUAACUCUUCCGAUGUUGACUGAAAUCAUAUCAUCUUCACCCUAUCGACAUUCCUCAAAAACCACUCGAAAAAGCUCUCUAACGAGUGGUUACUAAGUCACAUAAAAAUAUUUUUUCAACAUUGAAAUGAAAAGAGAAAUUCAUUAAGUAUUUUUGAUCGAAUAAUAAAUGACUAAGUUGACAAUAUAGUUAAAAAAGCAGUGGAUUCCUAUGAUGACAAUAGCUUAUUUGUAUAAUAUUAACAUUCUAUAAUAAAUGUGAAACUGAUAUUGUGAUUAAUCUUAUCGACUAGGAAUUGGAAUUUUGUAUGGUUGUUUUACCCCGACAAUAACUAACAUAUGAUCAAACUCCCCAAUGAGCUCCUCAUUGAACGUACAAUGCUGAAUAUAUUUUCAACAUUUGAAGAAAAUACCCCAUUUCCAAAAGGGGAAAGAAAGGCUUUCCUUAAAAUUAAUUCACACGAGUGGAAGUAAAUAUUUAUCAACAUGGUGAUGUCAUAUAAAAUAUGUGCAAAAAGUGGAAUUC